AUGAACAAUACACUUAUGACAACAACAUUAGCAACUUCCAAUGUAACAAUAGUGUUCAUCAAUCUUAACCGGACAGAUGUAGACAAUUUCCAAUUUCCUGAAGAUGAAGUUCCGAAACCUCCACUGCUUAUUGUGAAACCACAUUAUUGUCAAUCGCUGCCAGGUCAAUUUAUUCUCAAAUGUUAUCGUCGUGAAAUACACUUUACUUGGAUACCUCCAGAUACUAAAAUAUCUAAGGCUAUGGUUAAGUUCCGUGAGUUGCCCCAACCGAAAUUCAAACCAAUGUCCGACUAUGGAUGGGGUCAUUCAGGAGUUAAAUACCGUAAUCAUACAAUUACUUCACUCAAACCUAAUCGACGAUACGAAUUCGGAUUAAAUUUGAUUUAUGAAAACAGUACCUUUGAUCGAUUUCCAAAGAUUGGAUCAAAAGAUAUAUGCGAUUGUAAAACAUACCCCGAUGUGCCUGAUGCACCAUUGGAUCUACGAUAUCACUAUAUACAAGGCAAUCAAUACACUCUGGAAUGGACACCGAGCCAUGAUAAUGGAGAACCGAUAUUUACAUACAACAUGAAGUCUAUGCCAAUCGUCUCAAGUAAUUUAGAACAACCAAAAUGGGAUUCCAUUACACCACAUAAUUUAACAGAUAAACAAGCCAAUAUCACAUUGGAUACAAAUCACCAAAGUGCCUUUCAACUAAGAGCUGUCAAUAAAAUUGGAAUGAGCGAUCCAGCCUAUUUGAUCAUUAGGCCACCAUUUCAAAAAGUUCCAGAUAAGUUUGCUGGUUAUUCAUCUAUAUUCCAACCUUUGAAUCAAGUGACAAGCUUAUUAACGUACAGUUUGCUUUCCGUUGCUUUACUACUAUUAUUCCUAUUCCUAAUCGUGCUGCUGAUUUAUAGACGUCGUCAUAGAGAUGGAAAGUCUAACAAGCACUCAUUUUUUAUUAGUUUCAAUCCAGCAAGACGUCUACAUUCAAGUAGUGGGAAUGGUUCAUCUAUCCUGGGACUGGGUAGCGAUUUAACCACGAGUGGUUUACCACUUGACUUAGCUACUCUUGAACCAUUAUGGAACCAAGAGGUGAAUUCAUUAUAUGGAAUUAGUAAACCUGAUCUCAACAACUUUGAACAAGUCCCACAGAUACCAGCUGCAAAUAUACGUUUUCUACGUUAUAUAGGAUGUGGAGCAUUUGGUAAAGUGUGGGAAGGUUGGCUUCAUGUUCGUGACACAAAUGGGGAGCGAUUUGAAAAAGUCGCAUUAAAAGUAAGAAAUUGUAAAUCACUAACUGAAGCUGAAUUUAAACGUGAAGCGACACUUAUGCACAAAUAUCAACAUACAAAUAUUGUACGAUUCUUCGGUGUGUCAUUUGAUUCACCUGGACAACAAUGUCUCGUCCUAGAAAUGAUGGAUCAAGGCAAUCUAAGGGAUUAUCUUCACCGUUCACGGCCUAGAAUUGCACCUGACAUAGCUGCAAAUGUUUUUGCUGCUGCGGCUAUCUGUGCAGCUGCUGGAAGAACUGGAGGAUCUGAUGGGUCUUCUAUGAACACAAGUUCAACUAGUACAGCAGCAGGCGGUGGAACGCCGAGUGCUUCAAACGUAAUCACAUUGACAGCACAAUUGGAUCUACCUGCAUUAGUUACUAUAAUGAGAGAUAUAUGUCAUGGAUGCCGUUAUCUUGAGGAACAACACUUUGUCCACAGAGACAUUGCAGCACGAAACUGUUUAGUGAGUCACAAUCAUUCAAGCGGACGUAUAGUUAAAUUGUGUGAUUUCGGAUUGGCACGAGAUAUUUAUAAAAAUGAUUACUAUCGUAAGCGCAAUGAACCGAAGUUACCUGUCAGAUGGAUGUCACCGGAAGCUAUUCGUGAUGGCUUAUUCACAACAAAAUCUGAUGUUUGGGCAUAUGCUGUUACCUGCUGGGAAGUUUUAACCUUAGGUGCUGAUCCAUUUUACGGUCGAGCGAAUGUAGAUGUCAUGAAUUUAGUUAUUGGUGGACACGUUUUAGGACGCCCUGAAAAUUGUCCAGAAGAACUUUAUAAUCAACUAUUACAAUGUUGGAGUCGAUUCACCGAAAUGAGACCAACAUUUGGACAGUUAUGCAAAAAAAUGGAUGAAUUCAUUAUGGCUUCACAAAAUACUAAAAGCCCCUUCUCUCAACCAUUUGUUGUAUCGUUGCCGUUGCCUAAAAGUUUACAAGGUGCAUCAGGUCAACAAGCAUCCAUUUAUGGUUCCAAUAGGCCACAUCAUGAAUCAAAUGAUUUAUCCCUUUGCAUGCUUUCUGCUAACUGUCAACGUAGAACAUCUCUAGAUGGUGGACGCCCAGUAAGCGAUAUGGAUUCAUCAUUAAUUAAUGAGACCAACCUAUCUCAAGGAAUGAGCUCUAGUAAACAACUUUUACUGUCAUCCAACAAUUCCAAAGAUUUGAAACCAUCGACAUUUCACACAAAAAGCCGUUCAUUGGCAGAAACAGUGACGCGUGGUUACAUCGUAACACCUGGUGUUGAAGGCAUCAGUAUGAAUAAGUUUAACUACCGUGAGUCUCGAAUGGAAAACCAAAUUUACACCUCGUCAACUGCACCGCUGGCUGGUGCUUAUGAAUGUUCUAUGUCCGAUCCAUCCACGGAACAAACAACGUUGGCAACUACAUCAAACGGUACUGAAAGUAAUAGACAAGCCUCGAUUAAGCUGAAGUCGCAGUCAAUACACGGUAAUACAGAGAACGGAGUCCAUAAAAUGACAAACUCAACAAAUGCGAUUUUGCAGCAUCAACAGAAGCAAACUCAACCACUAAGUUCAAACUUUUGUCUAGAUACCUUACUACGCAACCAAAAUGACACAAAAGCGAAUUCUUACAAGACUUUGGGUUAUCAAGAUGAUAAUAGUUGUAACCACAGUAAUAAAUUCACCACCCUCAGUAUCACUAAUGCUAACAACAGUGAUCAAAAAGGAAGUCAUGCAGUUCCGUUUACCUACAACCAUGCACAUUGUAAACCACUACAUUCUAAGUCAUUUAAUUCAAAAUCAACCAGCGUGGUGGACACCAUGCCUCAUAGUAGUAGUGGGUCAACCAAUAAUCGCAGCCUAACAGCCUAUUGGUUAGUGGAAACUGGCGGUGGUGUUGACUCACUAGGUUAUGAAAGACCAUCAUUAAUUCGCACAUCAUUUGCAUCCCAGGCAAACUCAGUGAAUUCACAUGAAAAUAAUAACAACAUUUCAACAUUCAUCGACCAAAACUGUAACGACGACAUUCUCGAAAGAGUUAUUUGCAGUCAUCAACCGCUAAAAAAGACACCGAUUAACCCAUUGACAACGUGA